AUGGAGGAGCUGGAUGACGGCAUGUUGUUUUCUAGUAAUCUUGCGGUUUUGAAUAAUGGUUACCCGACCCAAGAUAUUAAUAUUCAAAGGGGGUUAAAUCAAGGAGACCCCCUAGCACCUUUCCUUUUUCUCCUUGUUACUGAAGGUUUAAGUGGGUUGAUCUCUAAGGUUGUUAGGUUGACUCUUUUAUCUGGUGUUAGAAUUGGGUUCUCGAACUUGGAGGUCUCCCAUCUUCAGUAUGCAAAUGAUACGAUUAUCCUGGCUAAUGAUACUAUAGAUAACCUUUUGACUAUCAAGGCUAUUCUCCUUGGUUUUGACUUUGCCUCAUGUUUAUGUGUGAAUUUUUCCAAAAGCUCUCUUAUUGGAGUGAAUUAUGAUCAAUCCUUCUUAGACCUUGCUUAUAAGUUUAUCCAUUGUAACCAAGAGUCCCUUCCUUUUAAGUACCUUGGGAACCCAGUUGGAGCUAACCCCCUCUUGUUGUCUACGUGGGAACCUCUAAUUAAUCUUAUAUCUAGUAGGCUCCUUUCGUGGAAGCGUAGGUGGCAGAUACCUUUUCUUUUUGUUUAUCAGGAGGCUCUUUUUAGUGAUCUUGAGUAUGUGAUUAGUGGUCUUACACCGCCAUUGGAGAGUGAUGUGUGGAGGUGGCGUGAUUCGUGUGAUGGUGAUUGUUCAGUGUCUUCUACUUACUUUAGUUUUCUCUCUCUUGAUGUGUUGGGAUCUUAA